AUGGAUGACGCAAAACCGAUAUUUGUGAAGCCAAGACAAGUGCCAUAUUCUCUAAGGAGUGAAAUUGAAAAGGAACUCAAGAGACUAGAAGAAUGUGGAAUAAUAACCAAAGUAGAUCACUCAGACUGGGGUACCCCCAUCGUGCCUGUUGUCAAGCCAAAUGGUCAAGUGCGCAUUUGUGCUGAUUACAAGGUCACAGUGAACAAAUUGAUCAAGGAUGAAAACUAUCCUAUUCCUAGAGUUGAGGACAUUUACACCCAAAUGAAUGGAGGCAAACUAUUUUGCACCUUGGACAUUUCUAAUGCCUACCUUCAUAUGAGAAUGGAUGAAGAAAGUGCUCAUAUGCAAACACUUAGCACGCAUAAAGGGAUGUACAAAGUAAAUCGCUUAAUGUUUGGAGUCAAAGUAGCACCUUCCCUUUGGCAGCAGUUUAUGGACAAAACCUUACAGGGGAUUCCUGGUGUACAGUGCUUUUUCGAUGACAUCAUUAUUCAAGGUAAGACAGAAGAAGAGUUACUAACCAGACUACGGACUGUACUAGAGCGAAUGAGAUCCAAAAACUUAAGACUAAACAGAGACAAGUGCAAAUUCUUUCAAACAAGUAUCCAAUAUUUGGGACACACCAUUGAUGCUCAAGGACUACACAAAACAAAGGAAAAAAUUUCUGCCAUCAUGAACAGCAAACAGCCAGAAAAUGUAAAUGAAUUGAGAAAGUUCCUGGGAUUGGCUAACUACUAUAAUAAGUUCAUUAAAAGUUUGGCCACAAUCCUUUACCCACUUAAUGAACUGCUACGGAAUGGGAAAAAGUACAUAUGGACAACUAAAUGUGAAGAGAGUUUCCAGAAAGUUAAAUCAGAGAUAACUAGUGACAAUGUACUUGUUCACUAUGAUCCAGAUCUUCCCUUAGUGCUUGCAACAGACGCGUCACCGGUGGGCCUUGGGGCCAUUCUCUCUCACAGAUACAGUGAUGGAACUGAAAGGCCUAUUAGUUUUGCUUCACGUACUCUGACUAAAUGUGAACAAAAAUACAGUCAGAUUGACAAAGAAGCAACAGAACUACACGUUGGACAUCUAGGUAUGGAUAAAAUGAAAGCUCUUGCUAGAAGCUAUUGCACAUGGAGAAACAUCGACAAGGACAUUGAACAACUGGUACGCACCUGUAAACAAUGCCGCUUAAAACAAAACCAACCUGCUAAAGAACCCAAUCAUCCAUGGCUGACUCCUCAAGGACCUUGGGAAAGAGUACACAUAGACUUUGCUGGCCCAAUGCAAGGACAAUGGUAUUUCAUUAUUGUAGACGCAUUCACCAAAUGGAUUGAAGUGAUCCCAACUAAAAACACGUCUACAGAAUGGUGUAUCAGGGAACUUCGGAAAACUUUUGCUACAUUCGGUCUGCCUUUAGUUCUAGUAUCAGACAAUGGGAGUCAAUUUACUUCUAGCACAUUCCGUCAGUUCUUGUCUGCUAAUGGUGUGGUGCACAAAAUUACUGCACCGUACCAUCCUUCCUCGAACGGGCAAGCCGAACGAUAUGUUCAAACAAUAAAGAAAUCAUUAAAGGCCAUGGAAGAAGAAGGAGACAAUUUCAAGUGGGGGACAGUGUACAGGCUAGAGACUACUCAAGUCCUAAACGGAAAUGGUGCUUUGGAACUAUCAUUGGAAGAGAAGGUACCCUCUUAUACCAAGUCAAAAUGGAAGACGGAACUGUGUGGAGGAGGCAUAUCGAUCAGCUUCUAA